AUGAGCUCGCAGCGCUAUCAACGGGUGAAUGCCCACGAUGAAGACGACCACGCACAGUCCUACCCGUUGAAUCCUACUCGAUCUGAUCUUACCCCGACUUCUCCGCCUCCCUCGUUCCGGUCCGGUUCCCGUUCAUCCUCCCCGUCCUCAAGGCGGCUGCUUCACGGCGACCCACUCCACAAUGAUGAUGAUGAUCAGACCCUGGCCGAUGCCUUCGGCGAUGAAGAUGGAUCUGACGACGAUGAGGAGCCUGACGAUAGGCAGCGGUUGAUGCGCGCCAAUCCGGAUACUGGGUCACAUGCCGGCUACGGUCAAGUGGCGUCGUCAGCCUCCUCAUCGGAUGCCAGGAAUGAUGGACAAGAACAGCCUCGUGCUUCACCACUCCCGCGCCGACCAACUAUUCUACCUACAUUCACGACCCCAGCAUCUGGUGGAAGUCGAUCUGUCGCCCAAUCGAAUGAUGGAGUGUUUGCCAAUUUGGCUGCCAAGCCAGAACGUGGCGAGAAGAACGAGGAUCUACCUCCUUCAUACGAAGAAGCUGCCGCUGAUGCGACACCCCCAUACUGGGAGACCACGAUUGUUGCGCCCGGCAUCUCUUCCGACGAAGUAUAUGUCGAUGGACUGCCUGUCGGAUCAGUGUUCUCCUUUGUGUGGAACGCCAUGAUUUCCAUGUCGUUCCAACUCGUCGGUUUCUUAUUGACUUAUCUUUUGCACACCACCCACGCCGCAAAGAACGGCAGUCGAGCGGGUCUCGGCCUUACCCUUGUUCAAUACGGAUUCUAUAUGAAAGGCGGCAGUGAUUCGUCUGGCGGUGAUACUGGCGGUGACCAAUAUGUCCCACCUCCAGAUCCCAACAGCCACAGCUUUGAUCCCAACUCUGUUGGCGACAGCUCAGGCGGUGAUGGUGGCAAUGGUCUGUCGGGCAUUAGCACCAGCGAGUGGAUAUCAUAUGUUCUCAUGAUUGUCGGAUGGUUUAUCUUGAUUCGCGCAGUCAGCGACUUCCUCCGCGCCCGGCGUCACGAGCAACUGGUCUUGCAGAGUCCCGAUCGAGGACUGGGUGUGCCGGUCAUCGCCGAGGGAGAAAGGUCAGAGACCGUGGUUUAA